AUGCUUCAGGUUGAAAAACAAAGAACAAAAGUAGCAGAUACAAAACCGUUAGACUAUAUCUUUACAAAUGCUGGUAGGACUAUUUCAGAUGAAGAAAUUUCAUCCCGAGCAUACAGGUUUGACUAUCCAAUUCGUUGGCUUCAAAGUCCUUCAGAUGCAAAGGCAAUAGGAUUUAGAAGAGUUUUGUUUUCAAAUAGAACUAACGCGUUUAUGUUCGCAGUAUAUUUUCAUGGGCAGUAUAAAGGUUCUGAUGGUCUAAUAGACAAA